AUGGAAAAGUUCAUCGCCGAUUAUAGGAUUCCCCCCAACAUGAGUUUGAGGCACUAUCCAAACGCCUUUCACCAACAUUUUCAUCUGGUUAACCGGGUCAAUUUGGAAACUGUUCUUCAAGUGGCAGUUUUUGUAAAUGACGAGGAUGGUCAAGCAGCGAAAGACGAAGGUAAUUUGGGUCUGUUCGAGGAGGGUUUUGGGGCAUUUGACCAAGUCGACCCGUCUGAGGAUCCUUCUGGUGAUCUAGGUGACCCAGACUUGUCCGAAGCGGAACUGUUGUCAGCGGGAAUAUCCUCUCGAGCCAAGAUGGGUCUCAAGAGAAAGCCCCCGACCAGCCUAUUCGACCUCAUUGAAGGUCAACCGGGGAAGGGUGCACAGGAAAAACCGCAAUCCAGUGUUCCAACUCCCCCGUCUCAGCCUCAACCUGUCCAGACUAGGUCCUCAUCUACUAAGUCGCAACCACAAUCUCCCCGCCCCAAACUUCCUGCUCCUCCUCAAUCAGCUCUGCCUCUUCGGCCGGAGCCCGAUGACUCAAAGAGAAAGAGGAGCCCCAAGGGGAAGGAACCCGUGGAUGGGGGAAAAUCCCAAUCCUUUCAGGAGGGGGAUGAAGUCCUGUGA